AUGGGAAAGUAUACAGGAAAGAAAUGCCGUUUAUUAUCUAUGUUAUGGCUAACAGGAAGCUUUUUCAUAGUGGAAUUAGUUGUUGGAUAUGUUACAAAUUCCAUGGCAUUAGUAGCAGACUCCUUUCACAUGUUGAGUGAUGUUGCGGCCCUUGUUAUUGCUUUUCUCUCUGUAAAGAUGUCACCGAAGAAAUGGUCAAAGAACACAUUCGGAUGGGCGCGCGCUGAAGUACUCGGUGCCUUAGUUAAUGCAGUCUUCCUUGUGGCACUGUGCUUCAGCAUCACAGUGGAGGCUGUUCAGAGAUUUAUCAAUAUUGAGACGAUACACAAUGCGAAACUAUUGGUUGCUGUGGGAACAUUGGGGCUGGUUUUAAACAUUGUUGGACUAUUCCUGUUUCAUGAACACGGCAGCAGUCAUGGCCACACACACGGCGGUGUUCCACCUCCAUCGAAUGUCAGACACCUUACAGAGUUAGUGAAUAGCAAUGCAGACAUGGCCCUUGGUCAUGCGACCACAGAUAAUGAAGAGACAGAUGAAAUGGUCCCACCCAAAGUUGACAAACUACCGAAGAAGCAAGCGCCGAAAAGUACAGACCCGGGGCACUUAAAUAUGAAAGGAGUGUUUUUACACGUGCUCUCCGAUGCUUUAGGUUCAAUAAUAGUGGUUAUAUCGGCGUUAGUUGUAUGGUUGACUGAAUGGGAGUACCGAUUCUACAUUGACCCAGCCCUUAGUAUAGUGUUAGUUUUAUUAAUACUUACCUCAGUCUGGCCACUAUUGAGGGAGUCCGCACUUAUUUUGCUACAAACUGUACCUACACAUAUACAGGUGGACGCGAUACAAAGGCGUCUGUUGGACGAGGUCGACGGUGUGUUGGCGGUACAUGAAUUUCACGUGUGGCAGUUGGCUGGUGAUAGGAUUAUUGCCAGUGCGCAUAUAAGAUGUAGGAACUUAUCAGAGUACAUGAAGAUAGCUGAAAAGGUGAAGGAAUUCUUCCACAACGAGGGCAUUCAUUCGACAACAAUACAGCCCGAGUUUGUGGAGUUACCCCUAGAUGGAAAUGAGAUGGUCAGCUCGUCAGCAGAGGCUCCGUGCGCUUUACAUUGCCCGGUUAACGACUCGUGCCAUAACGCAACGUGCUGUGGCCCGAACCAACAGAAACAAAGUACACCAUCGCCGACCGUCACUCCGUACAUGUGCCGGCAGAGGAAUAUGGGAUCCCGAACGGAGUCCCUGAACUCGAAUCUAGGUACAGGGAAUCAGGCAAAUCCUAGUGCAAGGAAUUUAGACGCCUUAGAAUGCGGGUCCCUUUUGCCAUCACCUAUGGGAGAGAACCGACUCGCAGUGUGA